AUGGCGCCCACGGCAUCGAACAGACUCGCGGCCGAAUCACGCAGACUGGGCCUGUCGCCACGCCAGACCCGCACCAUGUCCUCAGGCAGACCAAAGAUCAAGGUCAAGAAUCCCGUCGUGGAACUCGACGGCGAUGAGAUGACUCGGAUAAUAUGGCAAGAUAUCAAGGACAAAUUCAUCUAUCCGUAUCUGGACAUCGACUUGAAGUAUUACGACUUGGGCUUGCCUUACAGAGAUGAGACGGACGAUCAAGUCACAGUGGAUGCUGCGGAGGCCAUCAAGAAAUACUCCGUGGGUGUGAAGUGUGCAACUAUCACUCCGGACGAGGCCAGGGUCAAGGAAUUUCACUUGAAAAAGAUGUGGCUUUCUCCUAACGGUACAAUCCGAAAUAUCCUCGGUGGUACAGUCUUCCGGGAACCCAUCGUGAUCCCUCGAAUUCCCCGGCUCGUACCCGGCUGGGAAAGGCCCAUCAUCAUCGGGCGUCACGCGUUUGGCGACCAGUAUCGUGCUAAAGAUACAGUCAUUCACGAAGCAGGCACAUUGGAAAUGGUAUUUACACCUAAAAACGGAGGCGAGCCGGAGAGGAUCAAGGUGUUCGAUUUCCCGGAAACAGGCGGCGUCGCCCAGACACAAUAUAAUACCGACGAUUCGAUAAGAGGAUUCGCACACGCCAGUUUCAAAUUUGCACUCGAUAGGGGUUAUCCGCUCUACAUGUCUACUAAGAACACCAUCUUGAAAGCCUACGAUGGACGCUUCAAGGACAUAUUCCAAGAAAUCUACGAGAAAGAGUACGCCAAGGAAUUCGAGGCCAAGAAGAUCUGGUACGAACACCGCCUAAUCGAUGACAUGGUUGCGCAAAUGAUCAAGAGCAGUGGAGGAUUUGUGAUCGCAAUGAAGAACUAUGACGGAGAUGUACAGAGUGAUAUUGUGGCGCAGGGCUUUGGAUCGCUGGGUUUAAUGACCAGCCAGCUAAUUACUCCGGACGGUUUGACGUUUGAGAGCGAAGCCGCGCACGGAACUGUCACACGGCACUACAGAGAACAUCAGAAGGGGAGAGAGACCAGCACCAAUCCCAUUGCCAGUAUUUUUGCAUGGACCAGGGGAUUGGUUCAUCGCGGGCAACUUGAUGACACGCCCGAACUAGUGACUUGGGCGGAGAAUCUGGAGAAGGCGGUUAUUCAGACGGUCAACGAUGACGGGAUCAUGACCAAAGAUCUUGCGUUAGCAUGUGGGCGAAAAGACCGGGAGGCGUGGGUUACCACAAGCCAGUUCAUGGAGGCGAUUGAGAAGCGGUUCAAGAAGAAUUUGGAGACCGAGGGACUGAGUGAUGUGGUGAAGUCAUAA